CCUUCUCAAUUUCCCUCGCGCUUGUAUCUUUUUGUUCAUCAUCACACCAUGGCAUCUUCCGACGUAAAAGACCAAGUGAAGGAAAUUGUUGAAGCUCCCAAGCAAUUUAUGAAGGACGGUAUGCAGUUCAUUAACCGCUGCAAGAAGCCUGAUCAGAAAGAAUUUCUUAAAAUCACACAAGCUGUGGCCAUGGGUUUCGCAGCUCUCGGUGCUUUGGGAUAUUUUGUCAAGCUGAUCCACAUUCCCAUCAACAACAUCCUCGUCGGUGCUGCAUAAAUCCUGGAAGUCUUAUAUACGCUGUCACCUUUUUUUUUUCCGUUCAUCCACACUCUCUAAUUGUUCCUAUUGCCAACUCUUUUGGAAGCACAGUCACGCCAUUAAGCGAAAAAUAAAAAAUAUAAAAAAACCCUAAAUCAUCUUUUGACAUUU